GCUUUUUUUAACUGCUGCGAGUGCAGGAAGUUGACUGUCCACUGCAGUGUUUGAAGGGACAUAAUAAGGGAACUUUAAAUUUGCACAAAACGCCUGGAAACCAAAAAAACAUUUGGAAUAAACCGUAUGAGAAAGACUUCAGACUUUAUUGGAUGCUCGGAAGAAAGUACCAGAGGCCCUUUUCUGUUUUGAAAUUGUUCUUCACAUCUUCAUCACCUUCUCCCUCCCCUUGUCAUCAUUAUGGACUCCUCUCCUGUCCUUCGUCAGCAAAGUCACAACAAAAUCCGCAGUGACUUUCAGAGAAUGAAGAAUGAACAUAACAAAAUGCCAGCAGACCCAAAACCUUUCAAACAUGUGUCUGCCACACACCUUCCCAACAAAGAUAUUGAGAACCAAGAUCCAGGAAACUCAGAAGUAGGUAAGAAGGCACCUGUGCGACUGGGUGUAAGCAGGCUUCCGGUGCUAGCAAAGUCCCUUCGUCUUCAGACUCCUUCCGACUUCACUCAGUCCCACUGCGGGUGGGAGGACAAACCCUUGGCUGGGAAAGCUAAGAAGAAAAAGACAUGCACCAGGCCUGUACCUUUCAACAUGACUCAGCCCAAGAGCUCAAGAAUGCACACUGAAACUGCACAGCCUCAAACGGCUUCACAGUCAAGGCUUGGCACUCAUGCUGUCCAAGCUGAAAACAAUGCAUGCAAUGCUCGUCUAAAAACCCAAAACAUUAAUGCAAAACCCUCUAAACAUCCAGCUCUUUUAAACAACAAGGGGGACUCAACUAAAGGGGCAGGAAAGUUUCAUGGAAAGGCGACAGAAAAACCCCACCUGUCAGGACAGUCUGGGCCUUCCAACACAUGUAAGACUAAUAACACUUUGCAUCAGAACAGUGCUGCUCCGUCUACACAGGCUGCUGUUAGUGAAGAGGCCUGUUUGGAUAAUUUGAACCUGCUCAGUCUCAAAGAUCCAUCCAAGACAUCCCAUGUUAGCCAGAACAUUUCAAAAGGUCCAUCUGACAAAGGGGAGAAAUUCCAGCCUGACCAUGCUGCUCUGCUCAGUGUCCUCCAGAAUGAAGGAGCCCAGCGAGUGUCUGCCAUGAAGAGUCGUCAGAAGGCUGAACCCACUACAGCUGUUUCAGGAUCAGUGAAGUCGGUUCAGUUCUCUCCAGACCCCACCGCACUGAGAAGUAUCCUCCUGAACGAGGGGGUGAAGGCUGCAGGGCCCGUGGGUGCUACACCCCGAAACUCAGUCUGUCCUGGCAGAGGGACUUCAAUCUACACACCCCAGCGAGUGUCUGUCAUGAAGAGUCGUCAGAAAGCUGAACCCACUACAGGUGUUUCAGGACCAGUGAGGUCGGUUCAGUUCUCUCCAGACCCCGCCGCACUGAGAAGUAUCCUCCUGAAUGAGGGGGUGAAGGCUGGAGGGCCCGUGGGUGCUACACCCCGAAACUCAGUCUGUCCUUCAGGCAGAGGGACUUCAAUCUACACAGCCCAGAGGGUGCCAGUUAGAAAAAAUGGUGCGGAGGCAACCAGAGGACCAGUUGCGGUAGCACUCAAAGACACUCCGUCAAAGAAAUGGACACCACAGAGAGUCCGCGACACCAAGCAUCAGCCCAUGUCUUCCAUGAAAUGGAAUCUGACGACGCCGUACACUCCCGGGCUGAGACGCUGCAACACCAACCUUCAGCCGCGCCAAGAGGAGGUUGUCCAGAGGUUAUUUGAUGAUCAAGAGGACGAGCAGAGCACAAAUGUGGCAGAGAAAGAUCCAGGGACACGAGCAGAUCAGCUCCCAGUUCAAGCCUCAACUAUUAAAUCCAGUUAUGAAGAAAACUUAGAGACCAUCAGGACCAAGAGUGAGGAGGAUGAGGAGAACAGACAGAUUACAGGAGGGCAGCCGUUCUUCCAAGCACCUCAAAGAGAGUCGGUCAUUUUUUUCUCGACAGGCAAAACUCUGUUACGAGCUCCACGUUUUGAGAAGCAGGAGAGCUCAGCCCAUGAGGAGCAACAUGGUCCGGUUUCAUCAGAACAGCGAAAAGUGCUUCAAGUACAUGAAGGAAAAUCAUCAGAACCAACCUGUCAGAUCAAGAGUCUGCACAGAGACCUCACUGUUCAGAAGACUUGUGCUCUAAGUCCUGCUGUGGCGAUACUGCGCAAGCGCCUUCCUCCCCUGGAGGAGCUGCUCAUGGACGAGGAGGUGGCCACCUUCACCUCAGUGUCGGGCCCGACUGCUAACGUGUUCCUCCCUACUCGGCCCCGAUGUGGAAACCCGGUGGCCUCCUACCUGCACUUUGAAGAGUCAACUACAUUUGUUCCAAUUGGCUUUGAUCUCUCCUGCGGCUCUUCUUCUCCACACAGCUCUCCACUGCAGGAGAGAUGAAAUGCACUACGAAUACAGUUGUUUCUUUUUAAGCUUCUGAUAUCUUUUUUUUUAAUAAACCUAAUGAUGUUUGUCCAACACUGUUGAUGCCAGUCUUAAUAUAGAUCCAAAGAGCACUACUGGUAUCAUUUUUGUUAUAAACUCAUCAACGUUUUUGUCUUAUAAAUGUUUCAGACUGACUCUUAAUAGAUGCUUUCUAAAAAAAUAAAGUUUUUUUCUGUUGAAUAAUGCAGCUUUCAUACUGUGGACACCCAUAUAGUAGAUGAAUCAAUAAUGUAGAUGAAUAACUAUUAGAAACAAUGUUUGACAUGAAUAGAAAACUAAAUGUGAGGAAAAUGUUUUAAAAGGUCAAUGAAGACUUGAUCAGUGUUAUAGCCAUAGUAUAUAUAUAUAGAUUAAGGUGGUUUGGAUCAUUUUUAUCUGCGGCUGUGGCUAAAGAGGUGAAGUGGGUUGGUGGUUUGAUUCCCAGUUCCUCCUGUCUACGUGUCAAAGUGUCCUCGGGCCUUGAACUGCUGCCAUCGGUGUGUGAAUGGGGAGAAAAAUUGUAGAGCUUUGAUAAAAACGCUAAAUAAUUGCAGAACAUUUAUGUGUAAAGUUUGUAACUGUAGAUUCAAAACGUUCUUCCUGUACAGUGUUUAUAAUAAAUUUAUAUAUGUUAUUGUC